AUGCGUCUGUCAGCAAACUCAGACCCGGUGCAAGCUCUGAGCCUGCGAGAAGCAUCGAUGCAGGAGGAUAUAGCUCUACAGGAGGAUAUAACUCAGUGGGCAAACAUCUUCUAUGACACAUUUCGACGUCCUGAGACAUUUCCGGGUGUCAUCACAGUGUGCACGCACGUCUGCGGGGUCCAGCUCUAUGUGGGCGGUCUCCUGAUGAAGUCACCCCGGGACAGGCACUGUUCUGUCUCCUGCUUCCAGUCCAGUAAAGACGCCAGGAUCCCCCAGGGCAUGGCAGGCACCCUCAAAGGCAGACGUGGGGAGUCCCUGGUGGGCAGGCCCCAGCCUGCUGACACGGGGGGCUUCUACCCGGCUGCCACUGGCCCACCCACUGCGCUGCAGUCCACCUGGUGCUGGGGCUCCACACACACUGACACCACAUCGGGGGCCCUGCGCCCCACACACGCUGACCCCACAUCCGGGGCCCUGCGCCUCCCAUGCACUGACCCCGCAUCGGCAUCGGGGGCCCUGCGCCCCACACGCACUGACCCUGCAUCGGGGGACCUGCGCCCCACACGCACUGACCCUGAAUCGGGGGACCUGCGCCCCACACGCACUGACCCCGCAUUGGCAUCGGGGGCCCUGCGCCCCACACGCGCUGACCCCGCAUCGGGGGCCCUGGGCUGCAGAACCCGUCGAUGCUGUUGCCGUGCCCCUGGUUCUGGUGACACUGGGACCCUCCAGGCUGGGCUGAGCAGGGCCCCCCACCAGUGCGUACUCCAGCACCAGCGGGAGUGGGCCUGGGCAGGGGGUGAGGGAGUGACAACCAAGGGGACCUGCCCCAGCCUCCUCCUGUACCCUUGGGGUUCUCAUUUUCCUUGGCUGAGGGAAGUGGCCUCUCCCAGCUGAAACCUGGGGUCAGGCUGGGCGUGAGAGCAAAGGGGGGUGAGCAGGACCCCAGACCUUGGGAAUCCUGAGUGGGGGGGACAGGUUUUGCCUAUGACGUGCCUGGGAGCUGUCUGGGGGCCCUCCUGGGGAGCCAGGCUCACAGGUUGUUGUGUGGGACUCAACGUGGGGCAGUGUCCUGGCCAGGAGGAGGAAGGCCAUCACCCCAGGGUCUGUGGGGGGCACAUGCAGGCCAAGCUCUCGCCCAUCUGGCGUGCCGAUCUGCUGCAGCCAGAGUCCCUCAGCCUUGGCCAGGACCUGAAGUCCGACCGCUAUCCUGGGGCUCCCCAGCCAGGCAUGCACCCCCCGCUUACAGGCCAUCCCCACCCCCUCCAUCUACUUCCGUCCGUCAGAGCUACAGCCACCUUGUCCUGGUGCCCUGGUUGAGCCGGGAAGCUGCCCUUGGACCCGCGUCGGAGCCGCCCCGCGCCCUCUGCUGGCCUUUGUCGGAAGUGCAGCCUGGCGUGGGCAGUGCCUUUCCCUGAAGAUGGGACCCAGGGCAGCACCGCUGGAAACGGGGCGGCGGUAACUCGUGGAGGGGUACCCCACUGUCCACUGACAGCGGCAGUAGUAGCUGCGGACUAUGCGGACUCAAGAGAGCCCCAGCCCAUGUCAGCACCAGGAGCCAAAACGGGGUCAAGCGCUCGGUGCAGGGGCCAGCCGGGGGCAGGCCUGGGGAGCCCAUCUGGCAAGGGCGGCAGGAAGGUGCCCACUCCGGGACUGUGCCUGGGCCUGCCGGGGAUCUCCAGCCAGAGAGGGUGGGUGCGAUGGGGCGCCCACCCUCGAAGGGCUGAGUUCCAGGCUGGCCCUGGGGGCCCGCGCGGCCCAC